AUGGCGCGUACAAGCCAUCGGCGCACCCUCCGCCGCCGCGAAUUCGCACGCGGCUACGGCUGCCAACCCAUCGCGCACUCCUUCAGCAAAGACCCCUUCCUGGGCCUGGACACCAUCCCCAGCACCCUCCGCGCUAUCAGGCAGCACAAGAUCCUCGAACGCGGUUGCGCUCUCUUCCGCCGCUACGGCACGACCUUCACCAUCCGCGAACUGCAGCAGAGCUCGAUCCUAACCAUCGAGCCCGAAAACAUCAAAACCGUCCUCUUCGUCAACUUCAAAGAGUACGGCCUCAGCCACCGGCUGCAACCCUUCAAGCCGCUUCUAGGGGAGGGAAUCUUCAACACCGACGGCGCGCACUGGGCCGCCUCGCGGGCACUAAUCCGGCCGAGCUUCGCCCGUGACCAGGUCAUCGCGGACCUGGAGGCGCUGGAGGCGCUGAUCCAGGAUCUUCUGGCGUUGGUCCCGCGCGAUGGCGCGACCAUCGACCUUCAGGAGCUGUUCUUCCGGUACACAAUGGACUCGGCGACGGGGUUCCUGUUCGGGCAGUCCGUCCACACCUUGCGCCAGGAGCAGGAGAGCCCCUCGGGACGAGUCGGGUUCGCCGAGGCGUUCCAGUACGCGCAGCGGGCGGUGCUCGUGCGCGCCACGCUGGGCUCUUUCAACGCGCUCUACCGCGAUCGGAAGGCCGAGGAGUGUAAUCGUGUCUGUCGGGAGUUCGUGCAACGGUUUGUUGACGAGGCGGUUCAUGCUGCUGAGAGUAAACAGCGGGAUGGAGUGAGCGCAAACGGUGAAGGCACGCAAAAAGAAAAGAGGCGGGUCUUUUCGCACGAGCUUGCGUCACGCACGUCCGAUAAGCAGCGUAUCCUCGACGAGCUGAUGAAUGUUCUCCUCGCCGGGCGCGAUACCACGGCCAGCCUCCUCGGAAACCUGUUCUUCAUGCUGGCGAAGAACCCUGCUAUCUGGGCGAAGCUGCGUCGCGAAGUCGAGGUCCUGCAAGGUCGGCCGCCGACGUAUGACGAGCUGCCUGGGCUGAGGUAUGUGCAGUGCUGCGUGAAAGAGUCCCUCCGCCUCCACCCCGUCGUCCCCCGCAAUCAGCGCCAGGCUGUCUGCGAUACCGUCCUCCCCCUAGGCGGCGGUCCCGAUGGCCUUGCGCCCGUCUUCGUGCCAAAGGGCACUUUCGUCGCCUACAGCCUCUUCGCCCUGCAUCGCCGCCGCGACUUGUACGGCCCCGACGCCGAGGAAUUCCGCCCGGAGCGCUGGGAGGACGGCUCGCUGCAGCCGCAGCUGCGCUGGGGCUACCUGCCUUUCAAUGGCGGGCCGCGGAUCUGUAUCGGGCAGCGCUACGCUGUAACGGAGGCGAGUUAUGUGCUGGUCCGCCUGGUACAGGAGUUUCGCCGGCUGGAAAGUCGGGAUCCCGGGCCGUGGGAGGAGAGUCGCGGGCUGACGCUUUGCUCGAGGAAUGGGACGCGAGCGGGACUUGUUCGUUGAUGUUUUAAUCUGUACGAUUUUUACACUGUUGGCUCGUUGAUUGCCUUUUCCAUUAGAAGGGCUUCCAGUUACCGGCACUUAUUGAUGAAUUUGAUUCUUGAUCAGAG